UAUGAGCCAUCCACUUGAAAAUGAAGGUGCUCAAUUCUUCCAACCCAUGUCUGGUACCUUGACAGAAGCUAAAACCUCUGGGCCAUUGACAACUGCAGGCACGAGUAAGCAUGAGGGCGAAGCAGGUUGUCACAGCAUUACUGCUUGCCAGGAUUCAGAUGGGAGAAAGAAUUCAAGGGAUGAACUUGCAACGGCUGAGCAAGACCGUGAUUCAAAACGGCAACGGUCAAAUGGGGCACCUGGUGAAGCAACACUGGUCAUGCCAGGGUAUUGUGCUGUGGAGAAUUUGAGCGCCAAGCCGAGUGGUGGAGAGGCGGCCGCUCUAUGAAGUACCCAUUCUGCUGGAGCGUUUGGCU